CAAAUAACCAGCUAAAAGGGUAGGACAAAAUUAAUAUUUUUUUUUUUUUGUUGGGGGCUUACCCUGUGGAGCCAUUAGCCAUAGCUUCCUAUAUAUUGAGUGAGGGUUCUUCCCCUUAAAUUUCUAAGAAACGAGUUGGAGAGUAGGAGACAGACAGAGAGAGAAAGAUAGAGAUGGGAGAGGAAGCUCAUGCUGAUCAAGUACUUCCAAUUCUUGAUUUUUCAGAGGGUUUAGUUUUAAAACAAGGGACUGAGGAAUGGAAAGCUAUGAACAACAAAGUUAGAGAGGCAUGUGAGAAUUAUGGUUGCUUUCUUGUGUUAGUGAAGGAUGAGAUCCCCAUGAAUUUACGUGAAGAAAUGGUGACGGCCAUGAAAGCUUUGUUUGAUUUGCCUGAAGAGACCAAGCAGAAGCACACAAGCCCCAAGCCUUACCAAAGCUAUGAAGGGAAGAGCCCUGUCAUUCCCUUGAACGAAAGCUUUGGCAUCGACAAUGCCUGCGAGCUCGAUGCAGCUGAAGCCUUCACCAACCUAAUGUGGCCACAAGGCAAGCCUUCUUUCUGUGAGGCUAUGAAAUCCAUGACUUCAAAGAUGAUGGAAUUGAAUCUCAUCAUCCUUAGGAUGAUUUUGGAGAGCUUUGGCUUGGGAGACCACUAUGAAUCCCAUGCCCAAAACACCACCAGUGCGUUUCGUUUCAUGAAGUACAAAGCUCCUCCUCUAAGCAACAUUAACAAUGCCCUUGGUCUUGUGCCUCACACUGACAAAAACACCCUAACCAUUCUGUGCCAAAACGAUGUGCAAGGCCUAGAGAUUCUGACCAAACAAGGCAAAUGGGCGGAGGUGAUGGUCCCGAAAGAAGCUGUUAUGGUGUUUGUUGGGGAUGCACUUAAAGCCUGGAGCAAUGGGAGGCUUCAUGCAGUGACACAUAGGGUUAUGAUGAGUGGGGACAAAGAGAGGUACUCGUAUGCCCUAUUUUCUUUGCCUAAAGAGGAGGUGGUAAUUGAAGUACCUCAGGAAUUUAUAGACAAAGAGCACCCUUUGCUAUACAAGCCAUUCAACUUUGCUGAAUACUUCACAUACUUCACGUCCAAUACUCGUGAGGAUGCACUUGAAUUAUAUGCUGGAGUUUGAUAUAUAAUUAUGAUUAUAUAUAUCCAUCGGGGAUGUGUUUUGUAAUAAGGUUGCUUUAUUAUGUAUGUGUGGUGCGUUUUACUAAUUUCAUUAAAGACAAAUAAUUUUAGUGUGUGUGGUUGGUAUGGAAUUUAGACAUUAUAUGUGUAGAAGUAUGUUGCAUCUUUUCCUUAUAAAUAUAUUUGGUUUAAUUA